UACUGUAAAAAAGAAGCCACUGCUUUCUUUUAGGCAGCACACGGAACUUUCUCUAACAACAACCGCUGCUUCGCACACUUUCUUUUUCCUUGUUUACCUUACACCCGCUCCCCAUCCCCACUCUUAAAGAUGUACACUCAUAAUUAUAAAUGUUACUGUACUUACGCAGCCCAUCAAUGUGUUUUAUAAUGACAUAAUGGCUUUAGUUUGCAACACAGUCUGGGCAACGUAGAGCAAAGAUGAGCUAGACAUGCUGCUUAUGUUUACUUUCGAUAUUAAUGGAGAAAGAUAAAAAAAGAAAUGCUGUGGUUUUAAGAUGCAGUGACUGUCCGAGUAUGUGAAUAAUUGAAAAAAAAAAGUGGUUAAACUGGACGAGAUUUUCACUUUUCAAGUAGGAAAGGUCUGGUCUGAACCCAAAGUAGAAAGUGCAGGAUGAGAUGGUUGUAAUUUUAAAAUUCCACCUUGGCAAAGCUUGAUCCAGGAUGAAAGCGCAGAGAAUACAGUGCACAAAAAGCUUCUGCAUUUUAAAUAUACGUCUGUAUUUAUUUAUAUAUAAUAUAAUAUAUCACAUAAUAUUCAUAACAUAACACAAUGGGAGCAUCAUCACACACACACGCCUCCUGUCGUCGGUAGCUCACAAGCUUGAAAAGUAGAUCUUGGGGUAAAAAAAAGUUUGGGCACCCCUUGUCAAGAAUGUUAGGUAUUGAUUUUCUUUCAUUCUAUUUUUUGAUGGUGUCCACAUCGCACUAUUUGUUGGACUAAUGAUUAUAUAUACUUAAAUAUGUCAACAAAAAAUAAUGUUGUUAAUAGGAACAGAUAUUGGUAAUAGUCACACAAUCGUCCCAUCAGAGUAAAUUACAUUAACUUAGCUUUCAUGUAAUAUCCAGAUAAUAACCAGCUAAAAAUUAUCUCCAGUCCCUUAAGAUGGAGAGCAAAACAAGAGACACGUGGCAGAAAACAGAAGACAACCAUCAAAAUGGAUUGCAAAAUCACCAGAAUGGCAAAAGCUCAGCCAAUGAUCAGCUCCAGGUUGAUCAAAAACAGUCAGGAGUUACCUUGUAUCAUGAGGUGGAACCCUUCUCUGGUUGUUGGGUUGGGCCGUCGUCGUGGCUCCUUUUGGUCGCCAGAGAUGCAUGCUCUUGCUUCACGGCUCCACCGGGGGCUCCAUCUUGGCGAGCUGUGGAGGACUUUCUGAGAUAUGGCAUUUGCUCACCUUCAUGGCCACACGUGAGGAGCAAGCUCAGUGUAACAACCCCAAAUUUCUUGGGAAGGCCGGUUGGGUGAAAAAGGCCCCUUGCAGACUGCUGGCAAGCUAUAAAGACAGCUACAUCCUUGUGGACAAGACUUGUGUGCUGGUUUAUGAAAAUGAGGAACUGAAAAAUUGCAUCGAAAGUCUUGAUCUAGAAAACUACGAUAAAUGUCAUGAAUUAAAAAAUCUAUUCAUGAGAAAACACAGACUCAUCCUGAUUAGAUCACCCAAGUCUGGAAGUAAGAUCCAUAAUAUUAAAUUCCAAGUACAGACUGCAGAAGAAAAGGAGGCUUGGAUUGAAGCCCUAAGUGACGGGAUCAAUCGAGCAAAGAACAAAGUGUUGGAUGAGGUUAAAAUGGAUGAAAGCAGUAAUUUACAGCAUAUAACCCGAACAAGACCCAAAGGGAACCAUCACCGCCGUCCACCAACCAGGAUUCAUCUAAAAGAGGUAGCAGAGUUGUCAUGUGAAGGCUUGCAACGCUUGGAUCUUGAGCUUUUAGAUGCUGCAGUGGCGAAUGGGACAUAUGGCGCCAACGUUGAUGUCACUGAUAUGCCUCGAGAAACUAACAAAUCCUCUGUCCUUGAGUGCAACUUCACUGAGACUGCAGAAAAUUCACAUGCAAAGAGCCAGAGUGGGUCAAAGAUCAUCAAGCUCCCAGUGGAAAGACAAGAAAAGGCUGCUUGGAAAAACACAAGUCUAUUAUCAACAUCUCCCGAUCCCCCAGGUGGCGCCUCAAGUGAGCUUGCGGGAAAUUCUCAAUUGAAACGCCAUACCCAACCUCCAACCCCACCCACCAAAGACAAGAAACCCUCCUGUUGUCCUUCCGAACCAAACCAAGAGACCAAAUGUGCACCGGACAGCGAUAAGAACAAGCAACAAGUACAGCAAAAUAAUCCAAGAGUGCCUCAGAAAGAAUAUGAAACUCUUCCCUGUGUUGGUGAUGACACGACUUUAGUUUCAGAAGAUGAAAAGACAAAACGUGAGUCGCCUAAUUUUAACAUCCAAGCAAUAGAAGAUGACAAAACUGGAUCUCAAGAGGGAGAAGACCACAACUCUUGUCUUGGAAGACCAGUUCUUUUCACUUCCAUCUGUAGUGAUGUUUUGCCAAAUGACUCAACCACCCCCAGUGAAAUGUUUUUACCAACAACACAAGAAAAGACAAAUGCCGACAAGGAAUGUCUCAAUAGCCGCCAGCAUUUAAAUGCCAAGAGUAAAGCCUCCGCAUGUGAAAACGCAUUUACAUCUACAACUGCCUUGGGCGGGAAUGAUACCGGUACACACAUGCUGAACACUUGUAGCUGUGAUACUUUAUUGACGCCAAUAGUCACAGCUACAACUCAUGUUGGCUCAAAUGUCGCAAUAUAUCGGCACCCCGAGGCCAUGCAUCUGUCAACCAAUAUUAGAUCCGUCUCCUUUGGAGAUCUGCUGUCUGACUCAACUAUUAUUUCGUUGCAGUGCCAUUCAGAGGCUAUUACAAGAAAUGAUGUGUUAAGUGUUGACGUGAUCAAACUUGAAAAUGAAUUAACUCUGGAGAUGGACAAGACAAACCAGCUCAUGAACAGCGUAUGUUCUUCCAAUAUGAGGAGACACGAAGAAUGCACUCCAGGAGAUCUGCUGACAAUGGCAAUGGAGAAAUUAAAGAGGGCUGACUGUGUACUCAAAGAGGUCAAGAAAUUGAAAUGUACAAAGAGUCUGAGAAAAAGAAACAGCUGGUGAAGUUCAGUCAAACAAUUGACAGAUUAGUAAUGUAUCCAUCACAGUUCAGCAUCCUUACUAUCCAGUACAUUAACGCCACUACUUCACAAACUAAAACUAAUUGGAAGAUUUAAUUGGCUAACUAACACACACACGCAAAAAAAAAAGCAGAAUAAGCCUAGUAGUUGCACAGAAUACAGUAUGCACCCCGGUUAAGGUUGUCAUAUCAUACUGCCCAUGAUAAUACACAAAAAUGUAAUCUUGUAAUAUUGAAAGGGGCAAUAUCUCACAAAAAUUAUUAUACAACCCUUUUUGUAAAUAUUUUAUUACUUUUGUAUCCCCAUGAAUAUACCCAAUCAUUUUAGUCUCAUUUCUCAUCUAAUUUCAAUAUCAUCAGGGCAUUCAAUCAACUGCAAUAGGACUCUUUCAUCAGUUCCUGCAACAUGAAUUGAUGAAGCCUGCUCUGAUGAGAGCUGAAAUUUUUUCUAAGACAAACAGAACAGUCCAGUUCCAGUCACUGCAAUGCCCUGAGAAUUAUUGUCUUUCUCUGCAUGGGACAACACUUGAAAAUGACACUUCGCUAAAAUGUAAAAUAGUAAUUGUAUAGCUUCUAUAAGAUUGUAACAUUUGCUUUCCCCUAAAAAUAACCCAACACCAUCCAUCCAACCAUCCAUUUUCUACCACUUUUCCGGGUCAGGGCAAAGGUGAAGCACCUUCAGCGGUGAUACCCAAACUUCCCUUUCCCAACCACUUUCUUUCAGCUCUUCCGAAGGGAUCCCAAGGAGUCCCCAAGCCAGCUGAGAGACAAAGUCACUCCAGUGUGUCCUGGGUCGUCCCUGAGGUCUCUUUCCGGUGCGACAAGCCCAGAACAUCUCACCAGGGAGCCGUCCGGAUCAGAUUCCCAAGCCACCUCAUCUGCCUCCUCUCAAUGCGGAGGAACAGCAGCUUGACACUGAGCCCCUCCAAGAUGACCAAGCUUCUCACCCUAUCUCUAAGGGAAAGUCUGGACACCCUGCGGAGGAAACUCAUUUUGGGCGCUUGUAUCUAUGAUCUUGUUCUUGCGAUCACGACCCACAGCUGGUGGCCAUAGGUGAGGUUAGGAAGGGAGGGUAGAUCGACUGGUAAAUUGAGAGCUUCGCUUUUCGAUUUAGCUCCCUCUUUACCACAACGGACCGAUACAAAGUCCGCAUCACUGCAGAUGCUGCACCGAUCUGUCUCUCACGACUUAAUGAAGCUGACAGAACCACAUAAUCUGCAAAGAGUAGCGAUGUGAUGCUGAGGCCACCAAACCGGACACAUUCUACACCUCGGCUGUGCCUAGAGAUUCUGUCCGUAAAGGUUAUGAAUAAAAUCGGUGACAAAGGGCAGCCUUGGUGGAGUCCAACUCUCACCAGAAACGAGUCUGACUUAUUGCCGGCAGACCAACCUCUGACAGCGGUCGUACAAGGACCGAACAGUUCGUAUCAGGGGGUUUGGUACCCUAUACUCCCCACCUUAACCCUAACCCGUUCAAGUGGCAGUGAAUCAGUUUUUUAUAAACCGCAGGAAACAAAAGGGGAUGAAACCCCUAAGUGAAACAGAAAAGCGUCAUGUACAUGACAUGUACAACAUUAGUUGUUACAGUGGUGUUCCAUGCCUCAAUUGUGUCGGUGAAUUGUGAGAGAGUGAAACUUACUAGGAAAUGGCUCCCACGUGCUUGGCCAGAAUGUAGAAGCAUUUGGGGACUUGUGAAACUCAACAUAAAUUACCGGAAUAGGAAACAAACUCCCUUCGGUAUUUACAACUCAGCUAGUGUGUUGUUUUUCCUGUUUCUUGGUCCAUUUUGCUGUGUCUUCACUGGUGUUUUAGUAUCUUGAUAACUUUAUGUGGGGUGGUGUAAAUACUGUACAAUAUCAGUGUUGAGACCUCCAUUUGCCAGAUAUCUUUCCUCUUCUAUCUGACUUGUCAGCAAUGAUAAUAUUGUAAACUGUUCUUUUGUCUUCAAAAUAUGUGGCUAUGACAGAGAUUCAUUUCUUAGUACUGCUGAGGUACGUGUGUGAACCCUGCCUGUUGCACAAAGUCAGCGGUUGAGACUCCAAAUCAGCUGUGAAUGGACAGAUAAUGUAGGUAUUUAACAGUUUAAUGUAUGACUUUUGCUAGAUUUUAAAAUCAUUUAGUGAUUGCACAAAGGGCCUCACGUAACCUUGGAGUAUGAUAGAUUUGUGCUCUUCAGUUGUUUUUUUGAUGCAUAUACAGGUAUGUGUGUGUGUGUGUGUGUAUAUAUAUACACCGUACGUAUAAGGCAUAACUUUUUAAUUUAUAUGGGAUUCAUUUGGGUGUGAAAUGGGCUCAUUUUACUUUUGCUUGAAUAAACAACUGGAAGAUGAAAGCUGAAGAUCUGAAUGUUGUAAUUCUAAAUAAAAGCUGUAUCAACCCCACCAUUGUCAGCCUUUCCUU